GUACCCUAUAGAGACCAAAGAAAUAGCUAUUCUUCUACUUUUUAAAUAGAGUUUGAAUAAGUAUAUACCUAUAAUAUGUAUACAUAGAAAUAAAAAUUGAUAAGGUUACAUUUUUUAUCUUUAAAAACUGAAGAGGCUAAGUAUAAAGUACCACAUAGAUCAAGAUAUCUACCCAGUUUUACUAUACCAUACUUAGCUACCCUAAGUAAUAAAGCUUACCAUAGUAAAAUACCACAGUCAUAAUUAGUAACUUCAUACUGAAACCCAUCACUUUCCUGUUUAUUUCCAGUCUAAAAGUAAGUAAAAAUUGCGAUGGCCAAGCCAUGGCCAUCACAAUUUUAUUGAUCAUAGUUUUUAAAGUGCAGGCGGUUUCAAUAGUGGUAAAAUAUACCACUAUUGCAACUCCUUGUACUUUUAUAUCCGUCCUCAUUGCAUCACUGUAGACAAGUUAAAAAGCUACAAUAAAUAAAAUUGUGAUGGCCAUGGCUUGGCCAUCGCAAUUUUUACUUACUUUUGAGACUGAAAAUAAACAGGAAAGUGAUGGUUUUCAGUAUGAAGUUACUAAUUAUGACUGUGCUAUUUUACCAUGGGAGCUGUGAGGACACGGUGACUGUGAGGGAGCCCCCCGCACCCCCGGCGCCCCCCACCAACAGGAUCGUCGGGGGACGACCCACCACCAUCGAUACAUACCCUUACAUGGCGUAUUUAGUCUCACAUUAUACGAAUUUCCGGAAAUUUCUGAGGGACCAAGCAGACCAUCUGGAGUCGCUUGACCCUGGCCAGCCUAAUGGACCCAGUGACGCCCAUAUGAACUCCGCGAGGAAGGCUUCAAGGAUCAGACAGAAAUGGUUCAAGAACUGUGGGGGCGUGAUACUCACUCAGCACCACGUGCUCACCGCUGCGCACUGCUUAUUCCAAAAAAUCAAAGACACUACAGCUGUUACUGGCACUACCAUCUUGAGGGCAUCUAAAGUUGUCAUUCGCGUCGGAUCCACCUACAGUGAGCGCGGAGGCUCAAAGCAUGCGACGUCCAAGACUGUGGUCCACGAGGACUACAAAUAUUUGAAGAGUUACGACAACGACGUGGCAGUGUUGGUGCUGUCGACCAGUGUGAGCAACUACAAGAGCAGCUCGGUGCAGCCAGCCGCCAUCCCCCCGGGGGGGUAUGUGGUCCCGGACAACGCGUCUGUGGUAGCUGUCGGGUGGGGACAGACUGAUAUGAACUGCAUCGAAUCAACUCCCCUCGGCCUGCGGCACGUGGGGCUGCGCACGGUGGACCGAGACACCUGCGCCGCGCGGUGGAGGCAGGAGGUCCCAGAACUCCCAGACUCCAUGCUCUGCGCGGGGCUGCUUGGUGUUGGAGGAGUCGGCAUCUGUAUAGGUGACUCCGGUGGUCCCCUGGUGUACAACGGGGUGGUGGUGGGGGUGACCUCGUUUCUUAAGACAUGCGACGAUUCCUUCUACCCUCAAGUAUUCAUGCGCGUCUCUAGCUACACUGACUGGAUCAUCACCACUAUUAGUCAAAACCAGGUUGUGGUUGUGCACAAGAACAGUCACAACACCGCUGUGGCAGCUGGCGUCACCAGGUUGAUGCUACUAGCUUUCGCAACGUCAAUUUGGAUAAUGUUUUCCAAAAUCUCAUUUUUUUUUUUAGUAAGUACCUAACCGAUCAUAGUUUUAGUGUCUAAAUUUAAUCAGUUUCAUUAACAUAUUUUGUAUUAAUGUAGGUAUUUUGAGAAAGUGGCUUUUUAGGUCCUUACAUAAGUUUUGCAUUUCCGUUUAUAAUGGUUUUUGUCUUAUUAUACAAAUAGGAUGUUGCCGGAGUGGUAUAUGUAGAUUAUGUAGUUACCUGAAAAGGGGUGACUCAGACUCAUUCCGUGCAACUUUUGUUAGAUAGUUUAACUUGAUGAUGUUGAUGACUUCGAAAUAUUGUCUUUUAUUGAAAUUAAAUGUAUUUUUAACAACUUA